AUGAGCCUAAGUAAUAAUAAUAGAACUAAUAAGCAUAUUAUUGGCGCUGAGUUGGAUAACAAUGAUCAGGAAAGUAGGCAUGAAUCAGUUGAAGAAGCUGUUUUCAAAUAUGUAGGCGUUGGUCUUAAUAAUGAUGACGAACCUGAAAAUGAUAGCGGUAGUGAUUUAGAUUCAUCUAAGGAUAGAAAGCACUAUGGCAGUAAAAGUCACAAUAGCCAAGAUCAAGAUGGUGAAGAUGACGAUGAAGAUAUUGAUGUUGAUUUAGUGGGACCAAAAGUAGAUCACUUAAACAGUAACUCCACGACAACUGCAGAAAUGGAAUGGUUUUUCCGUCAUGCAGAUACAGAUGUUAAUAAUCAAAGUAUCUCAUCUCAUGAAACAGAAUCAGAUUCAACUAAUAAUAAUCGUGAUCCACACUCAGUUGCAAUUGCAGCUGUUGCAGCUGCUUUGGCUUCUGAAAAUGACGUUGGUAAUGAAGCAGACCCUACCAAAUUAAGUAAUAAGAGAUCUCGAGCAGAUAUGAUAGACGAAGAUGAUGAAGGGGAUGAAAAUCUUUCAACUAAUAAUAGUAAUGAUACCUCUAAUGAUUUAGAUAACGAUCAGGAUAUUCAACGCCAUAGUCAUAAAAAGGCAAAAAAUAAUAACAAUAAAACAAAGCUCCAUUUAGCUGUGGAUCCAGAACUAGCUACAUUAGAUGAUAAUGAAGAUAAUAACGAUGAAGUAUCUGAACAUGAUCAAUUGGUUAGAAGAGCCAUAAUAGACACUGAUUCGAUUGCACAACACCCUGAUUUCCAACAAUAUUUAAACACAGAAGAAGAAAUAUCCAAUAACAAUAAUAAAGACAAGGAAAGUAUACAAAGUUCAUCGAAUGUAGCUUCACAUAAUAUUAAUGACAGCAAUUCUGGUAGAAGAUCUAGAAAUGAUAUUUCAAUGAAUAAUAUGAAUAGUAAAAAUAAAAAUGAUCUUAGUGCUUCAUCAAAUAACACCCAUUCUUCCAGAACUGAUAUGCUAGCUUCGGUGGCAAUAGAAACAGAUACUCGUGACAGCAGUAUAAGUAAUAAUAACAAUAAGAGUAAUUUGAAUGAUUUGAUUAAUGAGCAUAAUAAUGAAGACUUAAGGCUACAUGAUCAAUCACUGGUUAAUGGUGCCUUAGCUAUUAGUGAGUUGAGUGGAAUUACUACAGACAAACUGCAAAAGCAUCAUUCACUUGAUGAAGUUCUUGCAGCACAUUUACAGCAAAAUAAAAAAUCAUCCUCACUACAAUCAAAACAAGAUAUUCGAAACCAUUUAGAUGUUAUUCCUAUGAGUCGCGAUUCACAAAAAUUUCCACAUAUAAAAGUGGAUCAACAGGAUCAUAUGCAUGAUCACUCCUUACUUUCACAUGCUUCUCAAUCACAUAUUUCUAGACAAAAUGGAAAAUCAUUGAACGAUCAGCAUUUAUCAUCGAAUAACAAUGGAAUACAUUCUCAAUCGGAUGAGUCAUUGGGUUCUGACAAUCAUCAUUCGGAACCUCAGCAUUAUCGUGAUGUGUUACCUAAAGUAAAUAUUCCAUUAGACUAUACGGAAGUGCCAGAUAUAAGUAAAUUGAUUCAGUCAGCCGCAAUAAAAGCUUCCACGAUAUUUGUAACAACAACUCAAAGCAAUGGAAAGUCAUUUGAUUCGCAAGAGGAAGCUGCAUUAGAACAGUUUGUGAAUGAUUAUCAAACUAUUAAAGGGAUGUCCAGACAUGACGUUUGUAAUAGAAUUUGGUGUAACGAGCGAAAGAAAGAUGAUUUUUGGGUUAAUAUUUGCAAAGUUUUACCACACAGAACAAGAUCUUCUAUCUAUAAGCAUGUCCGUAGAAAGUAUCAUAUAUUCGAACAACGUGGUAAAUGGACUGAUGAGGAAGAAAGACAGUUAGCUAGGUUAUGCGCACAAAAAGAAGGUCAAUGGUCAGAAAUUGGUAAAACUUUGGGAAGAAUGCCAGAAGAUUGUAGAGAUAGGUGGAGAAAUUACUUAAAAUGUGGAGGGAAUAGAGCUUCUCAUAAAUGGUCUGAAGAAGAAGAAGAAGAAUUGAAAAGGGUUGUGAAUGCAAUGUUGGUUGAUGCACACAAAGCUGAUGCUCAAGCUCAGGCGAAAUUAGAGCAAGAAGCUAAAACUGAAGAAGAUUUAGAAGAACUUCGAAAUAAAAGGCCUGCUAUUAGAAAUUUCAAAUCGAUUGUUAAUUGGACAGUUGUCAGUGAAAUGAUGAAUGGUACUAGAUCACGUAUUCAAUGCCGUUAUAAAUGGAAUAAAUUACUUAAAAAGGAAACAAUAGCGAAAGUUGAAACUAUAACAUUGCAUGAUAAAAGAUGGAUAUUAGAAAAACUAAGAGAUUUAGGUUUUACAGAAAAUUCUCAAGUAGAUUGGGAGGAAUUAUCUAGAUUAAAGCCAGGGAUUAAAUUAAAUGGUAAUGAGUUAAAAAUGUGCUUUGAAAAAAUGAGAAAUAAUAUUAAAUCAUUUAAAGAAAAGACAAUUAAUGAUAUUUGCAGAGACCUAUUGCUUUUAUUAGAUACCACAGGAAAUAUCGAUGAAUUGAAAAGUUCUAUAGAUUAA